AUGCCAAUUGAGGUGGACUUAAAGAACGCAUACCGGCUGCUCUAUGACGAAAAGGAACCAGAGAAAGCUCUAGAGCUGUACGACAAUGUUCUACAGCAGUCUUCGACCAAUCUGAUCGCAUUAAUCUACAAGGCAGCGGCACUGGAGAAGCUUUAUUAUAGCACGAAGAGCUGGCACAGCGAUGGCACAUUGGAGGAGGCACGGGGCCUCCUGGAGAAGGCGCUGGACCUCGCGGAGCAAAGGGGAGACCGUGGGAAGCUGGCGUUAGUGAACUUCCGCGCGUUCGUGUACCACUUUAAUAGAAGGGAGUAUGCUGCGGCUGAACCAUAUAUGACAAGGGCGAAGCAGCUGGGAUACGACGAUGCGACGCUGGGCAUCUGGGAGGCGAACCUCGAGAAGAAGCUGAAGAAGGCGGCGGCACCCGGCGCCGCAGAGAACCGCGAUGAACCCAAGGCACCGACCGAGGAACCAGCUAGCGCGGAACAGCAUGCGCCCGUCAAGUCACGUAUGGAGUGGUACCAGACCACACAGAAGGUGACGAUAUCGCUUUUCGUGUCCAAACUUCCUCGCUCGCAUAGUGAGGUAAUCGUCCAGGUGGUGAACGGCAAGGAUCUAACCGUCAGCUACCCAAUUACGGCCGGAGGCUCGGAGUUUCAAUAUAGUCUCACUUUAGCGCAUCCCGUAGACUCCGAGUGUUAUAGUGUGGUGGUGCUGACGAAGAAGGUUGAGGUUGUGCUACAGAAGAAGGACUCUAUCCAUUGGAAGACUCUGGAGGACGUGGGUCAGGGCGACGUGCAGAGCUUUCCCGCAGAACAUGCAUCGGUGGACAGCGCUCCAAGCAAUUCAUCGAACCUGCAGUAUCCUUCUUCUUCGCGGAAGAAGAUCAACUGGGACGCACUAGAACUGGACGAAGCUGAGGAUGACCAGCAGUCUGCAGAUGCAUUUUUUCAAUCUCUGUAUGCGAACGCUGAUCCGGAUACGAAACGCGCCAUGAUGAAAUCGUUUCUUGAGAGCGGCGGGACUGCCUUGAACACCGAUUGGAACGAAGUAUCUAAGGGCAGAAUAGAACCGUCUUUGCCCGACGGCGUAGAAAUGAAGGAAUUCUAA